UUACAGAUAAAGAAUUUAUUGAUUUAUUGAUAAUUGUCAUUAAUUUUAAGUCUAACCAUUUCUUUGAAAUACAGUGAAAACAUGAAGAUUUUUUUCUCUGUGAAUUUAUAGAUGUCUUUUAAAAUGGUGUAGCUAAUAUUGGUGAUGAACAAAACAGUUUUGAUUGUAUAUUAUCACUGAGUGGAAUACUGUAAAAUAAAUCACUGAGCAUAUGCAGUUGCAAAUAGAAACUCAGAUACUGAAAUCCCACUUGUCUCCCUAUGAGCAAGUUUACUAGCAGUUAACAAGCUACCCAACUUUUUGUACAAAAGGACGUGGAGGCCUAUUAAAAAUAUUCAUAUAGUAUAUUCAUAUGUGUUCAGAUAACAUGGUAUUUUUAAUUAGGUAAAGAUGUACCUACAUAUGUUACUGGGCCAUUAUAGUUUUUUGCACUACAAAAACAUAUUUAACAAAGCAUUAUUCUGUGUUGUUUUUUAAUAAUUUAAUAUGACAUGUUCUAGGGUGCAGGGGAACACUAAUAUGUGCAGUUUGUAAACCUUGCUUCAAAGAAAAAUCAGGAAACCACAGCCACAGAAAAAAAAAAAACAUCAUCCAAAUAUGUUGUUAACCUACUGCUGUUAUCUAUUGUGCUUUUAAAUAAAACAAUAAAAUUUUUAAUAAAAUUGUGAUUGCAUUUGCUGCAAUCACCUCUGCAGGUUUGUGGAUAUGUGGUUGUAGUUUUGAAUCUUUAGUUUCAACUGUUGAAGAUGAGCUUAUAGAACUCAUAAAUAUAGAGCUCAUAAAUUUAUGGUUAGGUUUGUCUAGUCAUAUAUAUUUGGGUGUUUUGUUAGUAACUAAUUCAGUGCAUUACUGAAAUAUAAAAUGUCUUUAAAUGUGUUCAGUGGAAUAGCUUGAUUUAUGGCUUGUGGAAAAUUGCAGACCUACAUAUAUCAAAAAGAGGACCUGCUGCUGCAUUUUGUGGUUGUGUCACAUGUGCAAGCUUGUGACAGAAUAGGUUUGCUUUGCCAGUCAGAUGAGCACAGAUGGCAAGCAGCACUGAGGUGGCAUUCUUUCAUACCACGAUGGAAAAUUUUAUAGAUGAUCUCAACUUUUCUGACUAUUACGAAUUAAAUGAUACAGUGACUCCAACAUCAGUCACUGCAGUGAAGGAGCAACUUCUCUCCAUGUCUCACAUCUAUCUUCCCAUUUUGUAUUUCAUCAUUUUCUUUGCUGGAUUCACUGGAAACCUGUUUGUCAUCAUAGUUAUUGGUAACAGGCACAAGAAGAAUGCACGUCUGGUAGACACAUUUGUGCUGAACCUUGCUCUAGCAGACCUGGUGUUUGUCUUCACUUUGCCCCUAUGGGCCGUCUCAGCUGGACAACAUGACCAGUGGCCCUUUGGGGAGCUGCUGUGCAAGAUCAGCAGCUAUAUCAUCGCAGUCAACCGCUUUUCCAACAUUUUCUUUCUCACGUGCAUGAGUGUGGAUCGCUACCUUGCCAUAGUGCGCCUCAUGGACUCCCACUUUCUCCGGAGCAGUAAAUGUAUACAUCUCACCUGUGGAGUGGUAUGGGGAUCGUCUCUAAUCCUGGGUACACCGUCACUGGUUUAUCGCAAGUUGACUGUUGAAAAUAGUUCUUGUAUAGAUGACCUGGAGUCCUCCUUCUUCCAAAGUAUGAUUCUGCUGACAGGCUUUCUGACCUUUGUGCUGCCUGUGUUGGUUAUCCUCCUGUGUUAUGGCUCGAUCAUGGUCAAACUGCGGCACCACUGUGUCACUGCCGGAAAUUCACGUGCUGAAGCCCGAUGUCGCCACUCUUUCAAAAUUGUUUUCACUAUCAUUAUAGUCUUUCUGGUAUCUUGGCUGCCCUACAAUGUGUUAAGAACAAUUCAAGUCAUCUGCAAGAUCAGUAAUAACAAGCUGGAUUAUGACACCUACAUAUAUUUGGCUAGAGGGCUCAUCAUCUCCUCCUGCCUGGCCUUCCUCAACAGUUGCCUGAAUCCAGUCAUUUACUUGUUCCUGGAUAAGCAUUUCAGACGCAGCGCAGCCGCACAGUGCAAGUUCUGCAUGGGCAAGGGGGAUAUACAGCAGAGUUACGUAUCCUCUAACUCAACUGCCUCAAAUGGUAUCUCAGAGAGCCUGGGAAGCACUGCAACCCGUGGCCGCGUCUUCUCCCUCACUCAGAAGAAAUGAACUCACUCAGCCACAUCUGUCCACAGGUUAUAGCUUUACAUGAUUUUAGCUUUAUUAUUAAAUACAGAAAUAUACUCAAAUGAAUUCUUAUUAUAUUAUUUUAUGAAUGCAUUAAUGGAUUACAUUUGCAGCAGGAUGUGUUAAUGCCAUUGUGUUUGUGGGGUAUUCUAAUUAAUUUUUAACAACACUUUCUUGACUUUUGUUUUUAAACAGAAAGGUACUCCUCAAAUAUGUGCCAUAAAAUAUUUUUCAGUAUUUUACUCCUGCUUUUCUAAAAUGGUAUAGAUUCAAAGAAGCCAAUUAUAUAUUUUAUGAAGUUGUCUACAGUGUCUUUAUUUGUGCUCUGGCUGUCUGUUUUGCUCAACAGCUUAUAUUCCAAUUGUUAGGAAUGAAAAUGCCCCCAACCAUUUCCUUUAGAUAAAUCAUUGCUCGAACUGUUUAUCAGUAAUUUCAACAUGCCAGAGAUCGAUUUUAAUAAAUGCAGAAAUGAAUGCAAUUGUACUACUUUCUAUGUUGUUCCCUUUUAUUAACAUAGUCAUAUACAUUUUUAAAAACUAAGAUUUUUUAAACUAUUAGAUUUAAAAAUAAACAUUACUCUUUUUUUAUUACUCUUAUAACUAUUUUAAAAUAGUAAACAUUACUCUUUAAUGCUUAAUGUGCACAUACUUCACAAUUAACAAAACAUAUAAACUACAGUAAUUUAAAUCCAUUAUUAUUUUUCCAUGCUCACUGAUGCAUUUUAUCCAUGUAAAAUGUAGAAUGUUUUUAUGUGUAUUUUUUGUGUAUUUCCUCUUUAAGUUCAACAAUUUCAGUGAUGUGUUUAUUUGUGCUCUGGAACCAUUAUGUAUUCUGGCAAUCUUGAGAAAUAAAGUCUAAAACUGUUAAAAAAAACCAAAAAACAAAAAAAAAACCAGUUAUU